AUGUGGUUUCUUGAGGAACAGGCAAUUGAGACUGGAGAUGGUCCGUCGUGGAGGACACACAGGAUAAUAGCUCUUUCUUCUCUUUCUUGACAGUGCCUGUCCUCAGGUGGCUUUGAGCUGAUGUUGCAGGAGUUCCUGAAUAAAAGGAGCCACGCACGAUGCUGCCGCGGAUCCGUGGCCUCCGUGAUUCAGCCCUGCGAAUGCAAGACGCUGUUUCGCAUCUGCCUGAAGCACUACCAGAGCAGUGUGUCUCCAGAGCCCCCCUGCACCUACGGCAGCACCGUCACCCCCGUGCUCGGCUCCAACUCCUUUCAGUUCCCUCAGUCGGCUCCCGAUCACUCCUUCACCAACCCCAUACGCUUCCCCAUUAGCUUCACGUGGCCUGGGACCUUCUCCUUGAUCAUCGACGCUUUCCACACUGGUUCUACUGAUGAUCCCGCAACAGAAAGCCUGGAGCACCUGAUCAGCCGCAUGAUUAUUCAGAGGCAUCUAGCUGCGGGAGAAGAGUGGACCCAGGAUAUACACACUGCUGCUGGAACAGAGCUCAGAUACUCCUACCGCUUUGUGUGUGACGAGCACUAUUAUGGAGAGGGAUGCUCCGUGUUCUGUCGCUCCCGGGACGACGCCUUCGGCCACUUUACCUGUGGAGACCGUGGUGAUGUGCUUUGCAGCCCGGGCUGGAGAGGACAGUACUGUACAGAAGCGAUCUGUCUUCCAGGAUGCGACGAGGAACACGGCUAUUGUGACAAGCCCGGUGAAUGCAAGUGCAGGGUGGGCUUCACGGGCCGGUACUGUGAUGAGUGCAUACGCUACCCAGGCUGUCUGCACGGCACCUGCCACCAGCCCUGGCAGUGCAACUGCCAGGAAGGCUGGGGCGGCCUCUUCUGUAACCAAGAUCUCAACUACUGUACCCACCACAAGCCCUGCAUGAACGGGGCCACAUGCACCAACACAGGGCAGGGGAGCUACACGUGUGCCUGCAAAGCCGGCUUUUCUGGGACUGCCUGCGAUAUUGAGAUUGAUAAAUGUGCCGAUGGGCCUUGCAAGAAUGGUGGAACAUGCACCAAUAUGGAAGACAGUUAUAACUGUAGCUGCGCUCCAGGUUAUUAUGGGAGUAACUGUGAGUUAAGAACAACGACCUGCACCGAUGACACUUGUUUCAAUGGUGGCCACUGUGCGGGUAGCCCAGAUGGUGGGUAUUACUGUCAGUGCCUCGGGGGCUACGUCGGUUUCAACUGUGACAAGAAGAUCAAUCACUGUGCCUCCAGCCCUUGCAUAAAUGGUGCUUUUUGCGUGGACAUCGUGAAUUCCUACUUGUGCCAGUGCGCAGAAGGUUUCACAGGACUGCACUGUGAAGAAAACGUCAAUGAGUGCUCCGACUACCCUUGCCAGAAUGGUGGGACGUGCCGUGAUGAAAUUAAUGGCUACUCUUGUACUUGCCUUCCUGGAUAUGAAGGCAACAACUGCAACGCAUCUGUCAGUAAAUGCAAGUAUAACCUCUGCCAAAACGGUGGCACAUGUCACGAGGGGAAUGGCCAUUAUGUCUGCACCUGCAUGCCUGGUUAUGCUGGACGCAACUGUCAGUUCCUGUUCAUGGAACAGCUUGGUAUGAAAGGAGCCAAGAAGCUGCUGGAGGAAGCUGACGAGGAGGGCAUCCCCUGGAAGGCCAUCUGCUCUGGAGUUAUGCUGCUCCUGGUACCACUGACAGGAUUUGCAGUGCUGGUGGUUCGCAAAUACGUGACGGUUCAUCCCAGGAGUCAGUUGAGCAAGAACUACAAUGGCAAGACCAUGAACAAUCUGACAGCCAGCUCUCCCAGAGGUGAAGAGCUUCCUGCCAGUACCGGAGGGGCUCCCCAUGUCAAAAACACAAACGUGAAAAUGGACUUAUAUGGUGAUAAUGGGAAGCAGGUUCAUUGCCUACAAGUGGAUUACAAUCUGGUGUACAAUUCAAAGCCUGGGGACAAGAUGAGAGUGGAGCUGGAGAAGAGCCUGAAAUGUGCAUCUCUAGACUGUGAUACAGAUGCAAAACAGAGGAAGACUUUGAAGAGUGCUGCUUCAGAGAAGGAGCCCCCAGGGUGGGAGUUCCCGUCAGUGUGCGUCAUGUCGGAGGGGCCCGGUGGCUGGAGAGCUUCAGCACAGGUGCAGGCCUGCUGCUGCUGUGAGACUGUCAUUCAGCACGAGCUGGAUCUCUACUGA